AUGGACUCCGUCGACGACCGCAUCGCCCUCCUCCUCAACUGGGCCUCCUCUCACAACGCCCUCCUCCACCCAUCCGCCCAAAUCUACGACGACCCGGACACCGGCCUCUCCUUUCGCGUCAAUCCCUCCUCAUCCUCCUCCAUCCCCCCUUACGACCCCAUCGUCAGCCUCCCCACGGGCCUCUCCCUCUCCUACCUCAACGCUCUCAACCCCACGCCCGCCUUCCCCAGCGGCUUUCUCUCAAAGACUCGGCCCCACGUCGUCGGCCGCCUGUUCCUCAUCAAGGAGCUCCUCAAGGGCCAAGACUCGUUCUGGUAUCCGUACAUCCAGGCGCUCCCCCAGCCCGAGGAUUUCGACGACUGGGCUCUGCCGCCCUUUUGGCCCGAGGAAGAGGCCGAGCUGCUCGAGGGCACGAAUGUCGAGAUUGGGCUGGACAAGAUCCGCGAGGACCUCGGCCGCGAGUUUCGCGACGCGAGAAACUUGCUGGUUGCGUCGCAAAGGGACGCCGAGGACGACUUUAGCGACCAUCUCACCCGCGAGCUGUACCAGUGGGCGUACUGCAUCUUCUCGAGCCGCUCCUUUCGGCCGUCGCUGGUGCUGUCCGAGGAGCAGCAGCAGUCCCUCCCCGAGGGCGUCGGCGUCAACGACUUUUCCGUGCUGCUGCCGCUGUUCGACAUUGGGAACCACGACAUGACGGUCCACGCGAGGUGGGAUCUCGCAGCUGGAGACGAAGCCGUCAGGGGCUCAGGGGCGGCCGUCCAGCUCAAGGUCGGCAGGGAGCACAAGCCCGGGCAGCAAAUCUUCAACAACUACAGCCCCAAGACCAACGCCGAGCUGCUGCUUGGCUACGGCUUCAUGCUCCCCGUCACCGACGCCCUGCACAACGACUACAUCCACGUCCGCAAGCGCACCGCAUCAUCUCCCCCCACCGCGCCAGCCCAGCCCGGCAGCUCCUCGCCCGAGGAAUAUCUCAUCUCCCUCCGGCCCAUCUCGCAUCCGUCCUCCCUCCUCGCCGCCUCCAAGCAGACGCUCAACGUCUUCCCCCCUCCGCCGCUGCCGGGCCUCCUCGGCGCCUUCAAGCACGUCCAGCACGACAUGGUCUGGGACAUUUUCCUGACGCUGCUGCAGCACUCGUCCAUCCCGCUCAUCAAGCUCAUCCCCCUCAACUCAAACACGUUCCCCACCGAGGAGGAGGCCGUGCGCCAGCGACAGGAGCGCUUCUUCUCCGGCCACGUCAACGACGAGUGCCAGGACUACCUCGAGCAGACCGUCGCCAUCAUCCAGCACAAGAUUUUGCAGGAGCUCGAGAGGCUCAACGAGACGGACAUGGAGGUUGUGGGCGAGGACGCCGAGUUGCUGUCACCGAACCAGCGCCUGGCGUUGGAGUAUAGGGAGCGGUGCCGGCGGGUUUUGGAGAAUACACUGAGCACCAUGGGAGAGGACGACAUGAUGCAGGAUGACGGCGAGUGA